AUGUGGGGCCUCGCGCCCCUGAUUCGGACUUCCGUCGCAGCCUCGAGCCGCGGCGCCACUCACUGGUUACAGUUUCGCGGCCUCGCAUCCGACGCCGCCGCCGCUGCAGCGUCGAGCGCGCUGCCAGACCCUUCCAAGCCGCUGCACCUGUUCGUGUGCGCCGCGGACGAGGAGACGGACGAUGCGAUCGCGCGCGUCGUGGCGGCGCUGAAGCAGCAGCACCCUGCUGGCGUCACCUUACACGGCCUGGGCGGCCCUGCUCUGCAGCAGGAGCAGCUGCAGAGGGUCAAUGAGGAGGGGUGGUUCAAGGAGACGCACUUGAUGGAGCACGUGGAAAAAGUGCCCAACUUUGUGGCCUGGAAGAUCCACAAACUGGACGAGGUGGCAGUCCCCACAGCCCACAGCUACACCAUGCGGCAGUCCCUGGUCGUCGCCGCCGCGCUGCGCGGCACCGGCAGCGGCGGCCCGCUGCUGCAGGCCCAGCAGCUGCGGCAGAUGGUCGGUGGCGAGGGCGCAGGUGCCGCAGCGGAAGGCGAGGAGGUAACACCACACGAGCAGCAGCAGCAGCAGGAGCAGCAGGAGCAGCGGCAGCAGCCUGAGGCUGCGGCUGCCGCUGGCGCGGGUCGGCAGCAGCAGGAGCAGCAACAGCAGCAGCAGCAGCAACAGCGGCAGCAGCAGGCCCCGUACGACGCCAUCUUCGUCGGCGGCGGCCGCCGCUUCGCCCAACACUUGCUGCGCGGCCUGCGGGUGGCGCAAGAAGAGUAUGACGCAGCGGGCGUCCCGCCUCGGAUCUUGUACCUGCCGCGGGAUCUCGCCGACCCCCGGACUUCCGCGUCGGCCGCCAAGCAGUGGGGGCGGCUCGCGGACCAUGUGAUGUGCGCGACGGCGCAGGAAGCUUCCCUGGUGGAAGGCGCGCCCGCCAGCGCGGUGGGCCAUCCUCUGGGCGAGCUAGUGGGGUCGGCGCAGCAGCAGCGGCAGAGGGCGCGGUCGCGCGGCGGCGGCGGCAAGGAUGAACCAGACGGCGGUGCCAGCGGCGGCGGCGGCGGCGGCGGCGGAGGGUUUGUCGGCGGCGGCGCGGCGGGGAUGGGGAUGGACAAGGUCGCGUGGCUGAGAGCGAGGGCGGCCGAGGCUGCUGAGCUGGCAAAAGGGAGCGGCGCCAGCUCAGCGUUCGUGCAGGGCAGCGCGGAGCGGUUCUGGCAGCGCGUCGGCGGCGGCGGCGCAGGCGGUGGCGGCGCAGGCGGUGGCGGCGCAGGCGGCGGCGGCGGCGAGCGGGGGCCGGCGGGCGGCGGCGGGCGGCCGCUAGUGGCGCUGCUGCCGGGCUGCUACGAGUCGCACCUGUCUGCCAACCUGGGGAUCUUUGGCGCGGGCCCGGCCGGCCGCCGCGGAGGCGCGGGCUGGGACUUGCGGGGGGCCCGGCACAGGGCUCCAGGCAAAUAG